CGGACAGUAUGAAUGGCGUCGGCAACAUCGUCCUGCUAGCAACGGAACAGGUCGAACUGGGUAGUGAACAUGACAUCAUCAGCAGCAGUAGCAACAGUAACAACAAAAAUCAAAACAACCAGUUGGUCAUAACCAGCAGCAGUAACAGUAACGGCAAUGGCCACACCGCCAUCAUCGGUAGCAGCAAUAAUCAUCCGGCCCAUCAGCAACAACCGUCCUCGGCCGCCCUGCACCAGCAUCAUCAUCAUCAUCUGUCCCAUCUGCCGGUGUCGAUGGCCGCCCUGAUCCGAAAUGGGGGAGCCGCCGUUGUUACUCCGACGGCUGCCGGUGCAACGUCGUUGGCCAAUGUUGUGGUUCAGGCCGAUGAGGAACUAACGCCCCUCACCUGGCUACACGACAAAAAUCUGCUCAAAGGUAUCAACCUGUCCAAGGUCCCAGUGUCAUCACCGGACAGUCCCCGGCAGGCCGGUGGCGGUCAUCUUUCCCCAACCAGCGAUUUCGUGGAAGACUCGAGCGUGUCGGAAGACAACACGUCGUCGGCAAAUUCUUCCUCAGAUCAGAGUAUCGGUGUCUUCUGUACGGAAACGAUCCACCCAAAUGGACGCUCCCUAGCCGGAUUAACUUCGACGACCACUCAUCACCACACGUUCCAGCUGGCCAACGGAAGCCACAAAACGGUAACCAUCAACGGGGACACCAUCAUCGAGCUCCCAGUCAGCAGUAUGGUCAGCAUGGGCGGCAGUGAUCAGGACAAGGAUCAAAAGUCCCCCUCAUCGACGGCCUCAUGUGGAUCUUCGGCCUCGCCUCCCUCGUCGGCUUCCUCGCAGUACAACUCGUCUUCACCGUCGCCGGUUCCUUCGCAAGCCGGCAUGGGAUCCGGACAGUACGGCGGUGGUGGUGGAACUAAUAGCGGGAACAGUACCCCGGUUCAUCAGCACUUCCACAAGCGGUACCUGAGGGAGGAACACGUCAAGCAACAGAAGCAGGUCAUCAGCUCUUUUGUGACCCCGGUCAAGCAGCAAUCGAGUGCGAUGAAGUUGGAAGAUGGAGAAAUCAUUGAGGACCGGUACUACCCUUCGACUCCGAUCAAAAACGGUUACGCCAUGAUGACGGCAUCGCCGAACGUGAGUGGUGACGAUUAUCCUUCCAAUGGGUAUGGUUUGUUGAAGCCGCCAUCUCCUCCACUUUCGCCACAGCAGAUGAACGGAACUGGAUCGAUGGCCGACAUUCAGAACCUAUCGUCUCAGCAGUCUCAGCAACAUUUGCAGCAAUCGUCGUCGAUCUCCCCGUUGCCAUCACCGAUCGGAAAUGGCAAUUCCAAGCUGUCGCCACCAAAAGCCAAGCAUCCGACAAACGUGCCAUACGACCCUCUGGUGCACAUCCACAACAAACCGCCGUACAGUUUUAGCUCCCUGAUAUUCAUGGCCAUCGAAAACUGCCAGCAGAAGGCGCUUCCGGUGAAGGAGAUCUACGCCUGGAUUGUGCAGCACUUCCCGUACUUCAAGACGGCACCAACCGGCUGGAAGAACAGCGUUCGACACAACCUCUCCCUGAACAAGUGCUUCCAGAAGGUUGAGAAGGCUGCGAAUUUGGGCAAAGGAUCACUCUGGAUGGUAGAGCCCCAGUACCGGCCUAACUUGGUCCAGGCCCUAUCUCGGUCACCGUUCCACGCCGGGUCCGGUAUUGAUAAGACUACCUACAAAGCCAUGCAGCAACAGGCUGCUCAGCAACGCUCGACGGACAGUCCAACCAGCAGCGUUGGCAGUAGUUAUUCCAAGCAGGACACCUUCCCAUACCUCACUAGUCGUUUGGCUCCGGGUGUUGAGGCGGCACAGAACGGCCUAUCGCUGCAGCAUCUCGCGUCGCAUCACGUGUCCCAUCCGGAUUUGGAGGGGGAUGACUUCAGCCGGUCAUCGACUCCGAUCGAUUACGACGCUGGGGGAGAUCUACCACAUCAUCAUCACAACGGCAGCAAUUCCUACCAUGCGGCGUACCACCUGGCACAGCACGGACCCCUUCCAAUGUCUACUUCGGUGACGUUGAAUGGUUCACCGGUGGUUGGAGUCAAUGGACAUCACCCGUCGGGUGAUGGCUUGAACCGCGACUGGAGCGCCGAUACGUUGGAGGAUGUAAAUGCCGCAACCGCCAUGUUGGCGCUUAAACAUGGGCCGAAAAUCUUCGCUGAGGCCUUCCACAGUGGAACUCCUCCGGUCAUAACGACCUCACCGAGUGAAGAUCAUACCUACUCGGCCGGGCGAGGAGUUAUUGCGCCGCCUCAGACGCCGCCAUCGCAACACAACCACCACCACGGCAACCAACAGCCGAGCCAUCACCAUCAAGCUGUGUCGAAUGGGACCGCCGGGUAUGGUGAAGGGUUGCGAAAUGGAGGCAACGCCGCUGCCGGGCAGUGCAAUGGGAACCAGAGUGAUAACGGGACUUCAUCCGAUGCGGCCUACGAGAGUAGUGAGGAGAGUCAACACCAAUCCCCCGCCGAUGACCUCGAAGAGGAACGUCGUCAGGCUGGCGUAGACGCCUUGCUAAACCUAGCUGGCAUCACAAGCAGCUAUCCUGGUUCAGCUCCUACAACUCUAAACACAAACUCAUCGCUCAAGAGAAUGUUCAACCGCGGAGAAGAUAAUGACGAAGAGGAUCACCACCAACCCUACCCCACAGAUUACCAAACCGGAAGUUACGCCCCGCAGCAACUGGAGGGAGUUCAAUCUUCCUCCGUCUAUAGCAGCGUCGUCCAACAGCAGUCUUUCCGCCAGUACUACGCUGCGGCUGGCGGUGGCACUCCAGAUGACCUCAGUACGAUCAACGGUCGCUAUCCUUCGUCCCACUCACCUUCGCCUCCGCAGAAGAAGAGCAAACCUUCGCUCGGGUCAUCACCCUCAGCCCGAAUGCUGAAAAAAUUGAAAAAGAAGGCUACCUGGGCUCGGUAAUAAACCUUGAGGAUGAAGAACACCACAAUCACACAGAAUUACCUUAAAUCAACAAACAAACAAAACAAACACAAGAUGACGCCUUCGUUUUAGAGACUUUUUAGCGCAGAAGCACCUCUAUAAUCUAUUAUCUAAAUCUAACUACAAGUAGUUAUUUGCAAAAAAAAAAACAAACAAAAAGAAGCAGUGCAAACCUUACCGAGUUUAGUAAGAGAGUAAGACAAGGGAAAUCCCGUACUAAAAUAAAAUGGAAUGGGAAGGUAAUCAUCAUCAAGGAUCUCUUCCCACAGAAAUUUAACGAAAAAAUACAACAACAAAAAGUCAAUAUUUGCGUCAGCAUGAAUCGGCCUAGUUGGUUCCGUGCUCGUAAGCCUAAGAUGAAUAGUGAAAUGAAAAAAAAAUUAGCAGUAAUUUAACCUGUUAAGAAAGCAAGGUCUAGACUAUUACUUCUCUUUAUAUGCUAAAACAGAAAAAAGUAAAACAACAAUCGCGCAUUGUUUAAAAAGUCAACAUUUUAGAGGUACAAUACUACAAUAAUACACAAACACAACAACCCGGAAAAGAGAAAAGCUCACAAUAGCGAGUAACCUUUUUAUUUUCUAGCAAAAACUUACCUAAACUUAUUUCCUUAAAACUAGGUCAAUCAGAUUUGUUUCUAUUUUCUUCAAAUUGUUAGUCAAUAUUGCUUUUGUUAAUCAUCUUCUAAUAUAAUAGACGGAUAGCAAGAUAAAUUUAAGCGCCUGAGGAAAAUUUUCGAAGAAAACUUAAAGGUGACGACUGACUUGUAAACAGAUUUUCAAACGCAUUAAAUUCGGGAGCUUUAAAAAACCUGAAAAACUUUAAGAAUUUUUUUACAAAAUUAAUCACAUUAUUUCCAAAUGCGUUUUUGUUACAGUUUUCUUUCUUCGAAAGUUUGCGGUAGCAUUUUCCGGACCAAACGACAUUUGCAUAAAUUCGUUCGUCGUUAUCUAGAAGCAACGUUUUCAUUUGGAUGAUUUGAAAGUCUUCCAAAUUAUCCAAUCAUUCAACAUUUCGAAUUCAUGCUACUACCGUUUGGUUCUAAAAGCGCUUCGGCAAACUUUCAACAAACGAUGAACACCGAGCAAAAACAGCAUUAGGAAAUAACGUGAAUCAUCGUAAAGAAAUAAAAAAAGUUUGAUGUGUUUGAAAAUCGACCUAAAAAAAAAUCAAACGAGGACUAAAAAUACCAACCAAAAUUGCAUUUGAACACGUUUAUUUUUUUCUGUUGAAAAAGUUAUUAUUUAAUUUUUAAGAAGUGCAAAAUGACGGGGGAAAAGUAUGAGUAAAUAAGCACAUACCAGUUAGUUCUUAGUCGAUGAAGGGAAAAAUCGAACGGAUAACAGCGAAAUUUAGAAAAUUUCUUUUUUCACUAUUCGUUUAAAGAGCUUAAUUAGAUAAAACUUUUUAAGUCGAUUAUCAAAAGAUGGAAUAGAAGAACGAGAAAUGAAUGAAACUUGAAAAAAAACAAACCUUUAAAAAAAAUUGUGGAGAAAGAACUUAGUCACUCGCGCCUUGAAUUAUAUAUUGUAACACACUAUCUUAGGAGAACUUAGCUUAGUCGGAAAAUCGUUUUAGGGGUUAAGGAAGAAUCACAUUUUCUACUGUUUAAAUUUCUAGAAUGAGAAAAAUAAGAAAGUAUAAGCCCGUUUACACCACACAUACAUAACAUAAAAAACAAACAAGCAAAAAAUGCCUACAAUCACACAAAGUCGAAAGAGAAAUAAUGCUUAAGAAAAGAGGUGGGCGUAGCAAAGUUUCAAACUCAUGGAUAUAAGGUAAAGAAACAAUAGAUUGUUAGAUGGUAUGAGAACACUGAAAAAAAAUGUGAGCGAGAAGCGAAAUGUGGAAAGCGCAUACCAAAAUCCAAGAAAAGCUGUACGUUAACAAUAAUAUAAACAAAAGAAGGAAAAAAUCAGAGAUUUUGACAAAAAAAACAGCAUAAAAAAAUCGAAAAAGCAGAGUCGCAGACUCUCACACAAAGAUGCAAGUGUCAAACACUUGAAAACGUAGAGACAUUACACGCAGUCACACAAAAUUUCACGGUCAAACUCAAAACAAAACACAAACACAACUGCUAGAGAAAAAAAGCAAGCAAAAACCCCUUUGAAUUAAAACAAAUAGUGUAUGAGUCUGUUAGUAGUUGUGUGUGUGUUUGUUUUUAUUUAGAAACAGAAAAAAAAACUAGAGAAGUACACGAGCUUUUCGGUGCCAAUUUACCCAUUAUAUAAAUACUAUUGUUUGUUCCCUGCUACUACUAUUAUUAAAAUUAUUGUCAAUAUUAUUAUUAUUAUUGUUUCAUGGCAAGCUUUGUUAAUUUGCUUGAGAAGCUGUUUUCUUUUGCCGUUCUUUAGAUUCAAGGAAACAUUACCAAAACAAAGGAAACAAAACAAAAAAAAAAAAAAAACGAAACGAUUUCAAUGUUUAGAAACAGAAAAAGUAAAUCAAGUUAAGUUUGUUAAACCUACGUAGGCAAGAUUAUCGCUAGAUGACCCUAUUUUGCCUCUUUUCCUUACAAAUAAUAAUAAUAAUAUAAUCGUUUUAGACACAAUGAUGAGAAGAAGGCUCUAUCGAGAGUUUAAACGUAUGUGUAUGUUUAGGAGUAUGAGUGUGAUCUAUAGAAAAUUGGUUUGUUAGAGAGGGUGAGCGAAUGUGCAAAAAUACGUGUGUGUCUGUCGUAUAAAACUAUUUCAUAGUUUAUCGCAAGAAAGAAACCUGUUUAUUAAACUAUCAUUGAUUGGAUUGAAUUAAGUUUUUUGUGUUUUAUUGUUUGUAUGAUUUCUUCCAAAUGUCCUAUUUCGUUGAUUUUGUUUUUCCUUUCUUUCUUUUGAAUUUUUCUUAUAAAUACUCCUUUUCUAGUUAUUUAAGUUGAUGCGCAAAGCCGACAACAAUCUCGAAACUGACGCGGGAAAAUAUUCGUUAGGAUAUCGUCUAACUACUUAUACGCUUAAAAUCGAAACAACUGCAAAGCAAAGCAAAACAAUGUAUUUUUCACCCACACAAACACACGCUUUUAGUGUUACUAGAUUAAUAUUUAGAGAAAAACGUCAAAAAAUCUAUAAAAAAAAUAACUUAAGGUAUAUCGAUAGUUGUCUUAAUGCGUAAACAACACAAACAUGUGCACUCUGAAAAUCAUCACGGAAGAGAAACAAUGUUAAGAGUACGAAACACUAACACACAGCUGCGCUGAACAAUCAUCAAGCGAAUCGUUGCGAAAAUUGUUACACACACACUAAACAUUUUCUAUCACUCUGUUUUGGUUAUGAAGUUCACUUGAAAAUUUUAAAACAUGAGCUGAGGCAUAUUUUCAAAAAAAAAAAAAACAAAGAUAACUGAUUUUCCCAUCCAAGUAGGCAAUGUUCUAAAUUGUGAUAUUACACUUUACAGUUGAUCAUAGAUUGCUUGAUUUGUUUUCGUUUAUUUACGCAUUAAAGUUAUACGUUUUCUCCGUACUGUUAUCGUGCAAAUUCAGAAAGCUCCGAACGAGUUUGAUUUUUCUCAAUUUAAGAACAUUAAUUAUUCCCUUUCGUCUAGUUCGCGUUUUUGCAGUUGCGAAUCAUUCCUGUGAAGUACGAAAUGGAGGACCAUUGGUCGCACGUUUAAUUUUUACAAGAAUUCAACUCGCCAGGGUAAUCAUUCCUCGGACGCUACUGUCCGUUCAGUUCGGCGAGCACUUGCUGUCCACUUCUUAAAUUUACUGACAUUUUUCUCAAUGUGGAAUCCCGGACGGCCCGCUUUCAGGGUUCAUCUCGAGAUUGAUUCUCAACUGGCAUUAUCGAUCACUAGACACUUCAGAGCUCAGUUAUGCUAGCGAUUGCUUUCGCUGAUGUAAAGAACUUGUCUCUAAGACUAUUACAGUCAAAGGCAUAGCUAGGAUGACACACUCAAGAGAAACUGCCUCUGAUGUUGUUGUCGAUCUAUGCCAGUUUAUCACGCCUCUGACAAAAAAAAAGUGAGCAAAGACGGUUGUAUAAUUUUCUUAAAACACUGAAUUUUUUCCGCUGUCGACCUUGGAACUGGUUAACUGGACUGGAAGACAGGAACAAAAAGCAGUAUUCCAGAGGUUCUUAUGCAGAGAAUUGUUAAGCUUAGUCUACUAAGCUAUCUCAUGCCGUUUCCGUUUUCUCCACUGGCGCGGGGCAAAACUUUUUGUGAAUAAAUAAACAGAAUCGUCGCCCGGGACGGUCCGAUACGAUACGAGUUUGCAUGAAUAUUUUAUUUUCAUAGUACAUAUUCCGUCUCACGACAUUGUUAAACAUAAUUCCUAAAAUUCAUUCGGUCAAUGGCAACCGUUUUCCAAUUUGUGGGGAAUCCCAAAUUCGCCUGAUCACGAUUGGUUUGAACUCCACUCUCGUUUCGCUCCUGCUCGUCUGGUGUCUAUCGAAUUCGCGGCGAACACCUGUUUUGCAGGACAAUCGUCCGGCAUUCUCGCAACAUGUGCUGCCCAACAUAUCCGGCCCGUCUUCACCAUCUUUGCCUCCACACUCCGUUCUCCUGCACGCCACCAAAGAAUACUUCGAGUGUUUGCGGGUCCUCGUUGAGCAAUAUCCACGUCUCGUGCGACUCGUGCCGUGGAGGACAACCGGUCUAAUAAGCGUCGUGUUCAGGUUAAACUUUGUGCUAGGGCUAAGUGUUCUCGAACGCAGUUUCUUGUGAAGUUCACAGUAGGCACGAUUUCCGCUGAUUAUUUGCUGCCAAGUCUCACGGCUGGUGUCAUUGUCUGCGGUCACCAGGGAGCCAAGAUAGACAAAGUCUUCGACUAUCUCCAGCUCGUCGCCGUCGAUCGUGACCUUGUUAUUACUGGACAAGCGGGUUCGGUCGGUCUCGGAUCCGCAGGCCAGCAUGUACUUCGUCUUGGACGUAUUAAUCAUCAAUCCAAUCCUUCCUGCUUCGCGUUUCAGUUUGCGGUAGAUCUCCUCCACCGCCGCAGAUGAUCUGCCGACUAUAUCAAUGUCAUCGGCAAAGCAGAUAAGUUGACUGAAUCUGUUGAAAAUCGUGCCCCGCAUUUCGCCCACCGCUCGUCGAAUAACACCUUCUAGCGCCACUGAUUAUCAUGCAGAAUAGACCAUCACCUUGUCGAAGCCCUCUGCGCGUUUCUAAUGAACUCGACAAUUCACCCGAAAUCCGCACACAGCACUGCGUUCCAUCCAUCGUCGCCUUGAUCAGUCUGAUCAGCUUCCCGGAAAAGCCGUUCUCGUCCAUAAUUUUCCAUAGCUCGUUACAGUCGAUCGUGUCGUAUGUGGCUUUGAAGUCGAUGAAUAUAUGAUGCAUAGGGACUUGGUGUUCCCGACGUUUUUGGAGGGUUUGCCGUCUUGUCAAGAUCUGGUUCGUCGUAGACCGUUCCUCCAUGAAGCCGGCCUGAUGACUUCCCACGAAUCUGUGUGCUGUAGGCGGCAUUGAGGGCAGUGAUUGCUCGGUAGUUCUCACAGUCCAAUCAUAUCCCCUUCCUUCCAUUCCUCCUGCUUGUUUCGCAGAUCCGAAAAAUCAACCGGUAUAGGCAAUCGGCCAACUUAUCCGGGCCGUUUUGAUAAGUUCAGCUGCUAGGCCAUUUUCAUCAGCCAACUUGUUUCUAAUCAUUUGACGAAUGGCUUCCUUAACUUCACUCAUCGUUGGGAGUCACUACUCUACGUCGUUGGCCACGCCAGCGAUGCGUUUUGAGGCGGCAAAAUCGAGAAAUCUGAGGCCUUUGUUGGUUUGAAUUCCUACUCUCUGCCAACCUGAUCGUUAACGAUGACUAUCUUGAUAUCGCGGUUUGGGCAGCGAUCGUAUUCACGUUCCAGCUGUGCACAUUGAUGAUGCUUGUCCCUAUUCGUCGCGAGGGUCUUCGCCGAUUUCUAUCCGAAAUUUGUCUAGUCUCAUGUGAGGGGAUGAAUAAUACGAGAGUGUUAAAAUCCCAGAAAAACAAAAAACAAAAAAAGCAGCUAGUCUCACUAUCUCGCAGGAGGACGUCCGGAACCCCCUAUCUCAGUUAGCAUGCGACCAUAGCAUCUACCGAUGUUGGGUACCGGAUCUCCGCUAAGGUUGCUCGCAACCCAACUGGCAUCACGGGGAGGUUGAUAAUCGGGGUUGUAAGACAAGAGGUUAUAUGACCACUACCCAAAAGUUGCACAUUGCCUACCAUUCGCCAGCUGUUAUCGCUGUUGAAAUCCUAAACCUGAAUGUUUGUCAAUUUCAGGGCCGACGACUUUCACUAACGACAUAUGAUGUUGACCAGACAUCUGUCAAACAUCUCCCGGGUGUCGGUACCGGGAUGCCAAAAAGGGAUGCUGAUUGCUGAGGUGAUAUGUAUUGGUUCAGAAAUGAAAGGGGGAGAAAACUUGAUUAGGAAGACACAAGAAAUAUCCCAAUGUCAUGCCGAGAGCAUAGCUGGUGUACACGAACUCAGGUUCGAAAGUUCGUUGACGGGGUUCGUAGGUCAUCGGAUUUCACCUCCAAAGGUCAAAGGAUUUUCUUACUUGCGACCUAACUGAGGAUCAACAGAACGAAACUCGAUCACUUUGAUCCAGACCGUGGUUUAGGCAGUAGCGAGGAUUAUUUCCAUUUUUCUAAUUUGUCUCGCGAAUCGUCUAGUAAAAGUCAAAGUCGAUCGAUCCAGUCAGAAUGUCAUCUAAUGAUAAAUCUCAGUCUCAAUCCAGCAGUUUCGUUUAUGACGCAUGGAUAAAAAAUUUUAACAACAAAAUUGGCUUUAUUCUUUGAUUUGGAAAAUAAAAAACCCGGGAAAACCCGGAUAACACCGGGAAAUCUUCGCAACUUUAUGCUUAGGCAUCGUAUGUCUUUCGAUACAUGCAGUUGAGUCUGCUCUCCAAACUCUUCGAGUGUUAAGCUCAGCGAAUUUAAACAGAUCACGCAGAGGAUCGGAAACAUUUAAUUUUUAUUUGUUCCUCGUCAACUGAGUGCAUCAUUUGAUUCAGCAAUGAGUUUUACAUCCGAUUCAAUGUUUUUUGCAUCUGAAAAAUUGUAUUCUCGUUUGUUACAAUAGAUUUUUCGAAGAAAUUGCAUAAACUUAGGGAAAAUCUGUGUGAUUGAGGCUCUUCUGGUCAACUAAACGCUAAGCAGUGUACAUCAUUCGGUUCAGCAAUGAAUUUCACACCUUUUUCAUUCAUUUUUAUGCAUUUUCAAAUGCAUUGUCAUUUGUUAUAAUGAUUUUUUUUUCAACAUAUCGCUCGAUUUUAGGGGAAAUCGGGGUAAUUGCGGCUAUUUUAGUAAGCUAAGCACUAAGUGGUGUACACCACUCGAUUCAGCGACAAAUUGUACACUAGAUCACAUGGUUUUUGCAUUUGGUAUGUGAAUUGCUCGAUUGUUACAGUGAUGCACAUUUAUGCACAAGUUUAAAAAAGUUAGGGGAAGUUUUUUUAAGUUUAAGUUUAGGGGAAAAGAGGAAAAAUAAGUCAUUUUUCGUAGUACAAUCAAAAAUUGGAGUACACCAAUCGAUUCAGCUGACAUUCUUACAUUAAAAAGAAUAGUCUUUUUUUUACCUACGCAGAUUGCUACAAUCGAAAUUCUACCUCUACACCCAAAACAAUAGGGGAAAUCAGGCCAAAUGAGACGUUCAGAGUCAUUUUAUCAGAAAGCGAUGUAGACUAUUCGAUUCCUCGUGUUUUUUUACUAAAGAAUGGUUUUUUUUUCUAGCAAGGCGUUCUUGCCUGUAUUGGGUACCUUUUUGGCUCGAAAAUCUCUACUGUGCAGCGUCGCAACGCGCCGUUUUUCUAUUUUGUCACGGUAACUAUGUUUACGAAGAAAAAACUUUACUAAAACUUCCUUUGCAACGAUACUUUCCCAUCACCUCUUCUUCCACCACAUUGGGUGUCACCCACUUGACUUCGCAAUCGUCUUUGUGAUCAAGGUUUUUAGAAACUCAAGGUUCUCCGACUUUCACAGUAAGUAGGCGAGGAGUGCGCGGGGCGCUCAAUGAGUUUGCUUACAAACAUAAAAAUAUUUGCUCAGCUGUUAAGUGGUUUGUUGGUGAACAAACUCUUUGAGCUCCGUAGUUACAAAACAAAAAUGGCAAAAAUGACUGAAUCGGGAAUUUGACAUACGGUAACACCUCUUAUAUAUACAAAUCUUGGUUGUGAUGGUUAGAUCGGUCCUGGGUUGCCAGGUGCCCUAAUUUGUCUGUAAAACUCAGACUAUUUACCCUUCGUCCAGAUAUUGAUUAGACACAGAUUUUGCCUGAUUUUUGCUCAGAGUGCCCAAAUUUUUCAGAAUUGCAAAAUUGAGUGAUCAAAGUAGUGAUAUUGAUGUAUCGGAUAUGAUCCGUGAGUGCCAGAUUUUAUAGAAAUCUCGCUUGUACGCAUUGGCAUUUCAGCAAUCAUUUUUUAAAACUUUUAUUUUUAAUCAGAUCGUCUUGGUACGUGAUAGGAAACUGUGGUUUUUUAUAUAGUUUUCAACUUGAAAACAACCCAAAUACCAACCUUCCACCGUUCACACGCAUCUUCCAUCUCCUUCUUUGGUAAAAAAUGUGGUCUUUGUACACACACUGACAUUUUUCCAAAAUUUCCAUGAUUUUUCAUCCUCAACACCUGGCAUCCCUGGAUCGGUCUUUCUAUUACUGUAUUUGGUCACUCUCUGGAGCCACUUAUUUCGAGAGAAGCAUUUUUGCGCCAUUUAUACUCUUUUGUAAAACUACUUACUUGAGCUUGAGCUUGAGCUUGCUAUCAACUACGGUCCACCUGCGGCCCCCGCAGGCCAAUGGCAUAAUGGUUGCACUCCGUGAUUGGUUCGAGAUAAUCAACAUUGCACAAUGAACCGAAUGAAAGGUGCUGGGAACAAGCAACGCAAUCUCACUGUACAGUUUUGAGGAUCUCCUACUUUAAAAUGAACCAAUAACGACGCCGGCCAAGUCCAUGUAGUCGAUAGGAGGAAGGGAAGUGCAGCAUAUGUGGAGAUAUGUUUAGCGGAGGCCGGCUGUACGCCAUCCCUCCACAAAUCUCCACGCUGAAUGUUUGGGGAAAAGGUAAUAUGGUAUGGGAAAUCACCUUGGUAGGCGAUAAAACCACUUGAAACCUGCGCUCCUAAUAUCCUAACCCGCCUAAGUUUCCUAUUGAAACUCCUGAUUAAGCCUAGAGGCCGUAAGAAAUAUAAAAUGAUAUUUAAAUAGGUUGUGAAAUGUACGGUAUGUUUAAAGGAUACAAAGGGUCGUUAUUCUCCUGUUUUUGUAUUAAUUAUGUUUGGAUUGGUUAUUCGGAGUGACACACUUAACAUAUGCAAACCUAACAUUAUACAUUAUUACUUUAAUAAUUUUUUAAUUGUCCCUAGCUAAACUCGGCCUCAUAUAACUGAAUAUAUAAAUUAUGUUAUGUGAUUAGAUUGAUGUAUGAGGAAUUAAUUCAAAAUAAUGAAUACGUUGUACAGUUCGAGAAAUUCUAUAAUAAACUAUUACAAUUUGGAUUGAUUAAGUAUCGACUUUGGAAAUUACUCUUUUGUAAAACUACUUACUUCGAUUAAGGUGUUGAUGUCGAUGAAUGAUGCAGAUUUAUGUGCAAACAAAAUUCUUUACAACUUUUACAAUGAUUCACUGCCACAAUUAUUUCUUGCUAUUCAUCUGUAUUAAAAUUUUAAUUUUUUAGGAUUUCGAGAUUUAGCAAUCUAUGGUCAAUUGAUUUGUAUUCAAAUUACUAUCUAGGUGUAUUUUGAUUUUUAAUAAAAAAAAAUCGGCCAUAACAAUCUCCGAACAUCACGCGUAAUACCGAACGAAGAGCCAAUGUGCCAAACUCUCAGAAAAAAAAGUCGAAACAACAAAAAGAAGAAAAAUCUAUGAAACACUCACCCAAGCAACUGUUAUCAUAAUGAAUAUAUUAUACACGUACAUACGUAUACAAACACAUGUUCACCAACACUAGUAAUCAUAUUAGAGCUAAUAUAAUAAUAUUAAUACUAUAUAUACUGAAUAGAAAGCCUUCGUUCGAAAUGCCUCGUUUUUUCCUUGAAAACUCUGAACGAUCAGGGUUGGUGUUGUUUUUUGGAGCUAUAAGUUUUCGCUGUUGUAGAAGCUACUUGUAGGUAUAUAUCUAUUAUACAAAUGCAAAAGUAUGUAUCUUUAGGAAUUUAGGAAAAAAAAGAAACCAUACAACUGUUUCAUCUACAAGAACACGAAUACACACACUCACAAUAAUCUAUUGUUAUAUAGUCUUCCAGAUGAAUAUUUACACUGAUAACAACACACAAACACUUGAACACGUGGUUAGAAAUGUGCUGUUUUUUGUUCGGGUGUAUAUUGCUACGAGUUGAAAAAAAAAAUGAAACACUUUGCUCUUACUCUUCAACACAACUAGACUAUCUUCUGGUAACGAAAUGUUAACAGUUAAACUUGCAGAAACAAUUCUAAACGGCUUACCUUAAACCUUAAACUGAAAAAAUGAAAAAAAAAACGUAAAUAAACCUGCUGUACUACUCUGAUAUACCUUCUUCUUAGCUUCUGCUGAGCACCGUUGAAAAAAUCAACAACCAACAAUAAAAUAUUAACAUCAACUAUAACAACAAAUGGCAACAAAGCAUUCAAUCAUUUCAAAUGUAAAACAUUCAAACAUAGUGAAAAAAGGGUGUUCUCGAAAUCGGGUAAGCAAAAUGGAAAAGAAAUAUAUACUUAUAUACAUAAACCUAUAUGCAUUCUUUAAUACAUACUAAGUAAAAACUAUACGACAUGUGUAAAACCGAAAAAGAAACAUUAAAAAAAAUACCAAGUAGAGAAUGUUCAAAGUUUAUCGUAAAUCUAUCGUAGAUCUACUGGCAUUAAGAGACUGCACAGAAUUAACAAAAAAAGGAAUAUAAAAUCACUAAAAACAUGAAUCACAAAAAACGAACACAGAUGUUGCAUGUGAAUGGUAGGAAAAAAACCAUAACUUCUUAGUGCGCUAUUAAAAACUACAAGUGUGAAAGAAUGGCAACACUGCGCGCCUACUUCUGCAGCUAUACACUUUACAUCAAAAAAACAAAAUGCCAGCCGCAACACAACAGUUUCGCAAGCAAUACCAUUUUAGUGUGACAGAGCAUGGAUCGGUGGAGAAAUAAUGUCACUUUUUUGACAUUCAUCAAUUGAUCGGAUGUUUAUCAGUGAGAAAGUUGCUACCCAACCAAAAAUCGAAUUAAUCAUCCGAUUGCAUCUUCGAGGGGCUCGGAAAAUUUAAACAAAAAAUAACCUGAUAAUGGUGGAAACUUAAUUAGGGACACUCGUAGCAUUUAUAUUUAAAAACAAAUAUUUAGAUGAAAACAAAACAAAAAAAACUG